AUGCAUUUUUUGAAGAUUUCCAGUAUACUAACUCUUUGUUCGACGGUCUUCGCAAACCAAUGCUACAACCACAUAGAAGGCGUGCAGAAAGUGCAACGCGUUCAAAAAGAAGAGCUUUCACAAUUCGCCUCCGAGUACUGCCAGGAGAACUGGAACAAGCUUGUGGGAGACUGGACCGAGUAUAAUGAUCGAAGCGGAAACACGGCGAAUGUUGGUAAGGUGGUUAAUUUUCGCUCCAAGGAAGUGUGUAUUGCUGCCUUUUCAGAACUUGUAGACAGAUGUCACAAUGACUGGGGUGGUGGCCUAUGGGUUGAUGAGGAGGCUUUGUUGAAUGUUAAUUUCUGUAAGUGGGUGGCGGAGCCGAAGAGAGUUCGAUAUGAUGCGUUGAAUACUAGACUAGAAGUAAAAAGAGUUGCUUGGGAUGGAUUGAUUGACAUUCCUGAAGUAAAGAGAGUCAGACCCGAUGCACCAAAAGUCAGAUAUGAAGGGCUCCGAGAAGCGAAGAGAGUCGCAUGGGAUGGAUUGAAAGAAGCGUCUGAAGCGAAAGGAUCUAAACAGACCAAACCUACAGCUCCACGAGUCCGAUAUCAAGGACCCCGAGAAGCGAAAAGAGUUGCCUGGGACGGACUCCCUGGUGACCAUGAACACACUGCCAAAAGAGUUGGAUUUCAGGGGUUGAGACUCCAAUCUCAAGAUUUGUGA